CUGGUAUCUGCAUUAAAAUGAUAUUUACCAAGAAUAAUUCGAUGUUAUGAUAAUUGACGACAGGUGCCUUUGCAGCUUCUAAUAACAGGAGAUCAUCACAGUACGUUAUAGCGUUACAAAGUGUCCGAUGGAGGAUGUGCGAUCGUGCACAUACGAAAUCUAAUAUUUUUUUUGGACUAUUCUAUAAGAAUUUUUUCAUUUAAAAUGUUUUAACAUUAUUUUUACCAUUUAAUUAUUAGUCGUUCGUAAUAAAAGUUGAUUGUAAAUACGUUUACCUUGGUCUCUAUUUAUCUUAAAAUAUAUUUCAUGCUCAUCUUGAAAGUUAAUAAAAUAUUACUUUUAACGAUGCUCGUGCCAUUGGAAUCGGCCCUAACUUAUGAUUCUUCAAAUAUAUAUUCUUCUUUCAGGAGCUACGACGAAUGUCCCUUGAACAUAACUGUUUUGGACUUUUUAUACAAUUUCACUGUGCCUGAUUUGGAAAUAACAUGGCCAUGCGAAGCACGCUUUUAUUGGUUGUCGUUGCAACCAUUUGUUAAAUUUGUAAGAUUUUUACUCAGCUAUGGGACUCCAUUUAUUAUAAUCGUUGGCAUUAUAUUAAAUACCAUAUCCUUUGCAAUAUUGAAUACGCCGGUGUCGUCCGACUCGAGCUUAUCGUUAUAUCUAAAGGUCCUUGCUAUAUCCGACAAUGGUGCAUUAAUAUUUAAUUAUGCAGUAGGUAUAGCGAAAUCACAUUUUACAUUUGUCAAUGAUCUUUUCAUGAACAGUCAAUUUCUCUGCGACACAAAUUCCAUAACAAUGGAACUUUUUCAAUUUACGUCCACUUGGUUGGUCGUAUCGCUCACAUGGGCUCGCGUCAUAGCAAUUAUUUUCCCAUUUGGGGCACAUAAUAGUAAUCCUGAACGUUCCGCGAUUAUAAGCAUUACUACUCUGGCAUGUGUCAGCUUUGUAAUAUCGUUAACAAAGUUAUAUUCUGGAGGAUAUGAAACGGACAGUGUUUUUGAAUUUAUACCAUGUCAAAAGAAAAUCAAACCAUGGGGUAGCGCUAUGUAUUUUUAUAUAGCAUUGUCAACAUGGUUACCAUUAAUUUUUAUAUUUAUUGGCAAUGCUUUGCUAGUUGCACAUAUGAAAAAAUUGGAUACACUUCGCAGACAAUUAACCCGCAGUUUCUCUCAAAAGAUCAAUAAAACGAAUAAAACGAGCAGAACUUUACUGGCAGUCUCAAUGGUAUAUUUAAUUUUGCUAUUACCACUUGGAAUAGUUGAAACUUUAGAGCUCUACUGGGACGUGAUAUUGAUCAAAUAUCCAGAAAGGGACAUGAAAGAAAACAAAGAUUAUAUUAAUUGGUUAGAAGAGAAAAUGUUGUUAAAGUGGUGUCGUGGACUAUUCUUUCACAUAUACCAUUGGAAUUUUGCAAGUAAUUUCUUUUUAUAUUGUCUUACGGGGGAAAAGUUUCGAGGGGUUUUGAUAGAAAAAUUAAAGAAUUGCAAAGUCACAUUAACUUCGAAAAUAUCGCCAAAGUGUCUUCGGUGGUGCAAGUGCGACGAUCGAUUAAAAUCGAUACGAACUCCGAGUAUAUUACUUAUCAAAGUUGUCACGUUCGACGAAUCUUCCAUUAAUGACAACAUUACUGGCCAACAUAAUAAUAAUGACGUUGUUGCAUCGAUCACCUGAUCUUGACAAGUCGAAUUGACAUUUUUCUAGUUCAACGAUCAAAGACUGCCAUAACUGAGAACUGAAGAUAAUUAUUUCAAUGAUUAGCUCCAAAUCCAAUGUGUUCUAUUUAGAUCAAUAGUCAUAUGUAAUACAAGAUAAAAGUGAUUAUUUCACGAUAUGGACAAUUUAUUUCCAUUAGCAUUUUAUUUUUACAUGAGAAAUUUCUAUACGAAUGUAGUAAAAUAUCACAAUAUAUGUCGUAAUCAUUUAAUUUUUAACAUCGAAUUAUGGAUUAUGUUGAAGAUAGGUUAAUUUUACAUUAUCAUCCUAGCAGAUAUUCCUAACCUUUUUUGUCGUAACUAAUUCGGCAAAGAAAAUUUCUGGUCCCGAUGUAGAUUCCUAAACUGGAUACGUUCUUCUUUUCUUUUUUUCUUUUUACAUUAGAGCUAUUAAAAAAAAAAAAAAAAGAAAAAGAAAAUGGCAAUUUCGUAUCCGUUAUAUCAUAACUUGAUAAUCUAAUACCUGGUGAUUUUAAUUAAUAUUUUCACAUCGUUUAAUUAUAUUAACAUUAUAUACCGUUGUUAUUUACUAUAUAGUUGAUUACAAUUAAUUACUUGCAGAAUAUUAUUCUUCCUGUUUUAUAUACUGAAAUAAAUAAAACAUGAAAUUCAUAAAGACUAUGUAUUCUACUCGUAUAUACCUAACUGGUAUCACUCUUUGUCUGGUAACUGAAGUAAAACAAAUUUCAUAAAUUCAAUUAUAUCAUACAGUACGAGAGAUAACAUAGAAAGUGUAUAUCUCAUUACCAACAAAAUAGACAUAUAUAAUAUUUCAAUAGCAUUUCAUUUACUUUGAUGAAAAUAUCCAGAACUUGUGGAAAUCACGUAACAAAAAACUCAUAAACUCAAGAAGCUUUUCAACCGUACAUAAAUAGUAACAAUUUUGAUGUUUUACGGGCACGCACGCACGCACGCACGCACGCACGCACGCACGCACGCACGCACACACGGAGAUGAAAAAGUACAACUUUUCCAACUACUCUAAUUUAUAUACCAAAUGUUCCAUACAAGAAAUGCGCGCGCGCGCGCGCACACACACACACACACACACACACAUAUAUACAUGAUGCUAUUCGAAUCAAUUACCAAAGUAAUAAUCUGAUUGAUCAAAUAAAAUUUAAAUAUUACUUUACGCAUAAUAUUCGUACACAGAGCGGGGUGUACAAAAUUAGUAUUAAAAAUCAGCUCGACGCAAUAACUUGGAUGGUACUGAUAAAAAUACUCGAUAAAGCUGUAUAAUGUUGAAAUUGUUAAGUAUUAUAACAAUAUUCACAAACGAAUGGAACUUAUAUUAGAUUCUCUUAAGACUAUAAUGAGUUUUACUAAAUACAAGAAGUAAUAAUAACAUUAUACUUUUUUAUACUUUAUAGAAAAUAAUUUAUAACAAGAUAUAUUACAACGCUAUGCAGUAGUUUUUAACUUUUGACCGCAGAGCAUAUAAAUAAUAGAACCUAUCUCGUUUCAUUCGAUUGUAUAAAUACGAAUUGUGAUAAAAACGAGGGGGGAAAAACGAAAAAAGAAAAAAAAAAAAAGGAAAAAAAAAAGAGAGAGAAACAAUUACAAUUUGAUACAUAUUGCAAACAUUCGCGCGAAUAUAAAGAUAUUAUUAAAAAUCUUCUCCAAUACACUUUUGAUUAAUAUAUUACAAAAUAGAAAGAUAUUUUUCAUUGUAAUGCUAAAAUUGACCUAUCAAGAAAUAAAUUUACUUAGAAAAUAUGCUCUUGAUAUAAGGCAACAGUCGCUUGAAAUAUUUUCUCAUUAUUAUUCGUUUAAUGGGUGCGGCGUAUAAUUCAGUCUUCUUUUGCGCGAGUAAAAUUUUAUAAAAAUUUACCUUUUUUUGCCAUAGAGAUUUGAAUGGAAAUUUUGUAUUAAAACGAUAUGUAUUAUCAAACUUAUCGACGCCUAAAUUGCUAUCCGUUUAAAAUACCAAGAAAAGAGAUAGAAAAAAAAAAAAAAAAGAAAAUAGAAAAUGUUUGCAAUA